UGUUGUACAUAUAAAAAUUAUAUAUAUAUAAUAUACAUUAAUCGAGUAAUAAUUAUUUUAAUCUGAAGGAGGGUAAUAUUAUUGUUGUAUAUAACUGUACAAUGAAGACAAAUAUAUGAACUACAUAUUAGCAAUGUAUUGAUAAUACAGUUAUGUAAACAUGAGCAAAUCGUAUGCUGGCUUUUGUAUACAUGCUAAUUGUUCUGAUUCCUUCAGUACCGUUAAACGAAAGCCGUCAGAAGAAGCGAGCUUGUUUCAAACAGUUGCAAUUCAAAAGAUGUUGUGCAUAGUCUCUCUAGUGAUUCUCCUUUUUGGAAGCACCGCCUUCUGUCAAACCGUCCAAUCGAUUAAUAGUAAUGCCAUGGAAAUCCAACAUUUAAACAUGAAGCCAAGAUUUUUCCCGCUAUUCAGUGUUGUCCGUUUUGCAAAUUCACAAUGCCUGGCUAGCAAUAACUUAAACGGCACUUGUUUUACUAGAAGAGAAUGUCGUGAUUACGGUGGAACAGCAUCUGGUACUUGUGCAAGUGGACAUGGCAUUUGCUGUGUUUUUCAAAAGACAUGCGGAUCUACUACAAAUGUAAAUAAUACAUAUUUUACAAACCCUGAAUAUCCAACGACUUACGACGGAACAGGACGGUGUACGAUAACAGUUAAUCGGUGUAAUUCGAACAUAUGUCAGUUACGUUUGGAUUUUUUGGAAUUUAAUCUUGCCUCGCCAAACGCCAGUGGAGUUUGCGAUUUCGAUCUCUUCCUAGCUUCCGGAUCAUCGACAUCGGUACCUCGAAUUUGUGGAGAAAAUGCAAACCAACACGUUUACAUAGACUUUAAUGGUGGAUCACCAAUUAUGUUAUCAAUCGAUACCAAUUCCGAGUACUCUACAGAACGUCGUUGGAAUAUAAGAAUUCAACAAAUACCUUGCGAUGCUACCUAUAGAGCUCCAAAUGGAUGUUUACAAUAUUUCACUAGCGUUUCAGAUACUGUGACAAGUUUCAAUUACGGUACAACACAAAAUCCAAGAGCGCCAACAUAUGGUACUCGUCAAAUGGCAAACACAAAUUAUGGUGUUUGCGUAAGAAUGGCUCAAGGAUAUUGCGGCAUUGAAUGGUCACAAACAACUCCAAGUUCAUUUUCUGUAUCUGGUGAUACAGGCUCUUUUGACUCUACUAUAAUAGGUACUGAAUUCGCAGCAGAAGCAGGAACAAAUUGUACCAAAGAUUUUGUUAUCAUCCCACAUCCAUUUCAAAAUGGCAUUCCAGUUGGUGUAGAACGAUUCUGUGGUAAUGGUUUCGUAACAAAAACGUCAUUUUCAAAACCAUUUGUGAUGUACGUUGUUACAAAUGGAGAUGAAAUAGGAGAAAUUGAAAAUAAAGGAUUCUCGCUGACGUACCGGCAAACACCUUGUUCAGUAUUUUAGAUGCAUGUGUAAUUU